AAUACACGCAUCUCUCUGGCUGGGGUUUUGGAUCCGCCGCCAGCGCCUCCAUUCCUGGACUCAAGUGCGAAGCCGUUUCCAGGAUCCCAAUCGUUUUUGUUUUUUUAACUACAAGUGAUUAAGAUUAGCAACUGUCCUUUGUUUUCCGUUUCUUUUGAUUUUUUCAUCUUUCUUUCUUAACUUUCGGAGUUUCUGUUUUGCAGGCCUUCUUCUUUUAUCUUGUUUGCUUUCCUCUAAUUCUUGUUUUCACUUUUACAUACUCUGUUUCUAUUUAUUACGCAGCAGAAUAUUUUAGAGCAAGGCCACACGCUCACACACACUGUGACUAGUGACAGAAGAAUACCGUAGGGACGGUCCCAUUUUAUUCUUCUUCUCCUUUCUUGUUUUUUUUUUGGGUAACAUAAUGGAUGCAGGGGGAUCCGUCAACUUGUCAUCAUCAUUAUCGUCCUCCGCCUCCUCCUCCGCCAGCAAGACCAGAUCUCGCUUCCCUCUUCAGGAACACCACCUCCUCCAGAGGAGAACUUCCCGGGAUAACUUGGAUAGGUUUAUACCCAAUCGAUCUGCAAUGGAUUUCGACUAUGCUCAUUACAUGCUCACAGAAGGCAGGAAAGGUAAGGAAAACCCAGCCGUGAGCUCGCCUUCUCGGGAGGCUUAUCGGAAGCAGCUUGCGGAGACCUUCAACAUGAACAGGACCAGGAUCCUUGCUUUCAAGAACAAGCCACCUACCCCUGUCGACCCUAUCCCUGCUGACUUCUCGACUGCUGCCAACAACUCCAAGCCCACCAAAUCCCGUCGCUACAUCCCCCAGACUUCAGAAAGAACUCUGGAUGCUCCUGAUAUUUUGGAUGAUUACUACUUGAAUCUGCUAGACUGGGGCAGCAGCAAUGUUCUUUCAAUUGCCCUUGGAAGCACAGUGUAUUUGUGGGAUGCAACUGACGGAGCUACCUCAGAGCUCGUCACGGUUGAUGAGGAAAAUGGCCCCGUGACGAGUGUUAAGUGGGCUCCCGACGGACGCCACGUUGCUGUUGGUUUGAACAAUUCUGAUGUUCAGCUCUGGGACUCCACUUCUAAUAGACUGCUAAGAACCUUGAAAGGCGGCCAUCGUUCGCGUGUCGGCGCACUUGAUUGGAACAGUCACAUUUUGACUACUGGAGGAAUGGAUGGACAAAUAAUUAACAAUGAUGUGAGAGUGAGAGCACACAUAGUUGAAACUUAUAGAGGACAUCAUCAAGAAGUUUGUGGCCUCAAGUGGUCGGCCUCCGGCCAGCAAUUAGCCAGUGGCGGAAAUGACAAUCUCCUCCAUAUAUGGGAUAGAUCCACGGCUUCUUCCAAUGCACCCACACAAUGGCUUCACAGGAUUGAGGACCACACAGCUGCUGUCAAAGCUCUUGCUUGGUGUCCCUUUCAGGGUAACUUGCUGGCCUCAGGUGGAGGUGGUGGUGACAGGUCCAUUAAGUUCUGGAACACCCACACUGGUGCCUGCCUGAAUUCAGUUGACACAGGCUCUCAAGUUUGCGCUUUGCUGUGGAACAAGAACGAGCGCGAACUGCUUAGCUCUCACGGUUUUACUCAGAAUCAGCUCACUCUGUGGAAAUAUCCUUCGAUGGUGAAGAUGGCAGAGCUUACUGGUCACACAUCCAGAGUCCUUUUUAUGGCUCAGAGUCCCGAUGGAUGCACGGUUGCAUCCGCAGCAGGCGAUGAAACUCUCCGAUUCUGGAAUGUGUUUGGCACUCCUGAAGUGGCAAAACCUGCACCAAAGGCGAACACCGAGCCAUUUGCUAACUUGAACCGCAUUCGUUAAGUCGGCGUUGGUGUAAAUAAUGCCUAAGGGAAUGAUAGAUUGAUUAUCAACUAGUACUAUCUUUGUAAUCUUCUCUCUUUUUUUUCUUUUGUAUAGGGAAAAGGUUCUUUGCCAUUUUUGCAGCUGAUCUUAGGAUACUAGAGAGAGCUAUUGAAAUUUUGAGCCAUCUAAUUUUUACCUGUGGAUGUACUCACCGAUUGUGACGAACCACAAAAUACAAUAAUGUUUUUAUCCUUGAUUAA